GUAAAAUUCGAAAGCAAAGUGUAAAACAACCGGAUGUUUACAAUUUUUAACUUGUUUUGCUUUUUGAACGCGAAAGUUCUCAAUUUGAUUUUAUAAGAUGUCUUCUGCAUCGGGUUUCAAUUCGUCAGAUGAUGAAGGCGAAGUUGAUCUGACACCUUUUAAAACAGCAUGGUUAGAUCUUCAACUUGAAGGAUGUACAGAAAAACUUGGCAUCUCCGCGUUACCAGGAUGUAGAUAUAAAGAUAUAUGGAGGAGUGUUACCAAUGAUUUAAAAUGCAUGAAAGAAGAAGGAAUAAAAGAAGUGUUUUGUUUAUGUACAAAGGGUGAACUACAUAAAUAUCGGGUAACCAGUUUGCUACAAGAUUAUUCCACGUUUGAUGUUAAUGUUCAUCAUUAUCCAUUCCCUGAUGGUCAAACAGCUUCACUACCUAAUCUUAUCAAAAUGUUAGAAGAAUUAAAAAUCAAUAUCUUAAAUGGGAAGAAAUCUCUUGUUCAUUGUUAUGGUGGAUUAGGCAGAUCAUGUUUAGUUGCUGCAUGUUUAAUGAUGUAUUUAGAUGAGACUAUAAAAGCAGAAGAAGCUAUUAAACGUGUUAGAGAUUUACAAGGGACACCGGCUAUACAAUCUGUCAAGCAAUUUAAUUUUGUAAAUGAUUUUCGUCAGAUGCUACAAGACUACCAACAAACAGAAGGUAGUGAACAGAGAUCUGUAUCUAGAUAAUAGUUCAUAUAUAAUACACAUGGAUUGUGUAGAAAUUUUAUAUUAUUAUCUUUAUAUAUAGAAAAUAAAUGCAUGGACAAAACUGUUAA